GCAGCUUGAGCGGACUCUUUGUUGACAGCAAUAAUUGCCACCAUUCACCCGAUACGACAAAUGUCAGACUACCAAGGCAUGGGUAUUUAACACACAGAUCAAAUGACAAGUACUAACUUUCCUUCAUUUGUCCACAUAAUGUUGCUUGUAAUACAAAACUUGAAUGCUAAUUGUUUAAAUCUCCCUGCAGAAAACAUUGCCUUACGUGGAAAGGCAACCCAGUCGUAUGUGGUGAAUAACGCAUACACAGGUUAUAGUCUUGCAUCAAAUGCCAUUGAUGGGAACCGUGAGUCAAAUUUCAUGGCUGGGUCUUGCACUGCCACUGAGACUCAGACGAACCCCUGGUGGAGAGUGGACCUGCUUGGUGUGUACAUUAUCACAUCUAUCAUAGUCACCAACAGAAAUGAAGCUCCUGAGCGGCUCGAUGGGGCUGAGAUCCGCAUAGGAAACUCCUUACUGGACCAUGGUGUUCGCAACCCCCUGGCUGGGGUCAUUCAAUCCAUUCCAGCAGGUAGAUCUCUCACUCUGAGGUGGACAUCAGGUGUAGAAGGACGUUAUGUGACUGUGGUUCUACCAGGCAAGAACAGAAUUCUAACUCUCUGUGAAGUGGAGGUGUAUGGGUACCAUUCUUCAACUGGAGAGAAUGUGUCGUUGAAGGGAAAAGCCACCCAAUCUUCACUUCAUAAAUUUGGAUCUGCGUACAAUGCCAUUGACGGGAACCGUGAUGGCCGUUGGGCACAUGGCUCCUGCACCCACACUGAAGUUGAACUGAACCCCUGGUGGAGGGUGGACCUUCUGAAGACCUACAAAGUGUUCUCUGUCACCAUCACCAAUAACUUAGACAUAAUUCCCAGCAGACUGAAUGGUGCUGAGAUACGUAUUGGAAUCUCCCUGGACAACAACAAUGGCAACAACAAUCCCAGGUGUGCUGUGAUCUCCUCUAUCCCAGCAGGCUUCUCCAGCACCUUCCAGUGUAACGGCAUGGAAGGACGAUAUGUCAAUGUGGUCAUUCCAGACAGAAGAGAGUACCUGAUUCUGUGUGAGGUGGAAGUGUACGGAGCACAGCUGGUUUGAUAAAUCAGUACUCACGAUACAACCAUGGCUUGCUAGUUCCUUGCAACCUGCCAAGGAUUACAUUCACCUGAAACGCUGUUUUUGUAUACAGUAUGAGAUUGAAUUGCAUGAGAAUAUAAAAUCCACUCAUUUUCUUGUUUACAUUCAAAAUGUUUUCUUUAUUAAAUCAUUUAUUACA